AUGCGAGAGUAUAAGCGGUAUACCUCGCACAUCGAGGCAUUGCAGUCGACCGACCAGCUGCCAUUCCUGAUGCAUGUGGGUGCUUGCAUAGACCCAUUCUACAAGCGGCGCAUUGCAAUGUUCGACUUGGGGAAGUCGCAUGGCGAUGUGACUGAAACCGAAUGGGUUGCCUGGUUCAUGGAAGCCCAUGACGAAGAGCCGGCGGAGCUGGACGCGCUCAAGAGGCGUCUGCAAAUAGCCGUGCAGUUCGACACGCGGAUCCUCGACGCCGAUAACGGCCAAGAGUGGGUGCUGCAUCAAGAAGGAAAACUGGUGGUGGGGAUCAUCACGAAGGCGAUUACGCCUGCGCCACUGCAAGUUGCGGUUACGAAACAGUUUCAAUUGCAGCAAAACAAAGUCCUCAAGGCUGACGUGUUUCGUUUCAUCAAGUGGCUGCGGUAG